GGACCGACCCCCAACGUUAAUUACGCCAAAUCUCUCCCACAAACUGCAUCUGGAGAGAGCAGACAGGCGGCCAUCAUGAAUCAGAGAGAGCAGAUGGAGCAGCGGGGACAGUGGAGGAUCACAGUGUGGGAGGAGGAAAACUUCCAAGGCAAGCGCUGUGAGUUCAUGCUGGAGUGCCCGAACAUUCUGGACAGGGAUUUCCAAAAGAUCCGUUCAAUCAAGGUGGACAACGGCCCCUGGGUGGGUUAUGAGUACCCAGAGUAUCAGGGUCAGCAGUUCAUCCUGGAGAAGGGAGAUUAUCCCUGCUAUCAGGCCUGGAGUGGAAACAGCAGCUACCGCACUGAACACCUGCUUUCCUUCAGACCCAUCAAGUGUGCUAAACACAGUGACAGUAAAAUUACCCUGUAUGAGUGUGAGGACAUGAUGGGACGCAAGUUUGAGAUGUGCGACGACUACCCCUCUCUUCAAGCCAUGGGCUGGUGCAGUAAGGAGGUUCCUUCUAUCAAAGUCAACUCUGGAGCCUGGGUGGGAUACCAGUUUCCAGGUUACCGUGGAUACCAGUAUAUCUUUGAGAGAGACAGACGUCAGGGAGAAUACAGGAACUAUAACGAGUUCGGCACCCAGGCCCACAGCAAUCAGAUCCAAUCAAUCCGCAGAAUUCAGCACUAAGUCCGCCCCCGCUCUUCUCCUAUUGGCUACUGUGUAUCAAACUAUAGCAUGAUAUUAUAUGAGACGAUGUAGGAAAUAAACGCUUUUUCAAACUCCAGAAAAAAGAGUGUGCUUGUCGCCAUUCCUUUGAUUUAUCAAACCCAAAACAUUUAACGUUAGAUCGUUAAAAACUGGAGUGUUAUUAUUUUAUAACAAAUUGACUUAUAAGGCUAUCCAAGCCUUACAGUAUAACGAUUUAACAUAUUGUUAACAGAGCUUUUCAAUUCAGAUUAGACAUUUUUAGAUUAGAUUUUUAGUUUAAUUUAUUUAAUUUUUUUUUUUUCUUUUUCCUUAAUGUCAGACAUAGAAUGUAUACUGUUCUUGUCGGAUUGUAUUUUAUUUUCAAUAAACAAAAGCACGAGAUGA